GCAUACGUAGUCGGACAAACUUCCGAUUCUUCUUGUUCUGAUUUUACAUCCGUCCCUAAUCGACGGCGGCGCGUUCACAAUCACCACCACACUGCCCACCCACGCAUGCACCAGUAUCACUCCAGCCACAGCGUCGCAAUCUACCACCGCCGUCACCGUGCCGCCGAUCUUUCUUCCAAGCCACAACAGCAUAUCACAUUCCUCCCUACAUGGCGGCGUUGCAGGAGAUUAAAUCAGCUCUCUUUUCUCAGUGCUCAACUUCUUUCAUCCACCUCAAACAUAUCCACGCGCGCAUAUUCCGAUUCCAUCUCAAUCAGAACUCCUACCUUCUGAACAUGCUCUUGAAAUCCGUCUUUCAUUUCAACCACCCAGACUACGCCGCAUCUGUAUUCAACGAAACCCACGAACCCAAUAUUUUUCUGUACAAUACUAUGAUUUGUGGGUUGGUCUCGAACGAUUGUUUCGACAAAGCUAUUGAUUUCUUCCACUCGAUGCGCGGCGAGGGGCUUCUGCCGAACAAUUUCACGUUCCCUUUCGUGCUCAAGUCUUGCACGAGGAAUCGGGACUUUGGGCUGGGUGCGAAGGUUCAUUCUUUGGUUGUGAAAGUGGGUUCCGACAGUGAUGUAUUUGUGAAGACAGGGCUGCUGGGGUUCUACGCAAAAGUGGAGAAUUUGGUGGAUGCACGGAAGAUGUUCGACGAUAUUCCUGAGAAGAAUGUGGUUUCUUGGACUGCGAUGAUGAGUGGGUAUAUUGGGGUUGGGAAAUUCAGAGAGGCGGUUGAUUUAUUUAAACAGUCUUUGGAAACGGGUUUGGUGCCCGACAGCUAUACUUUAGUUCGUGCUUUAUCUGCGUGUAGUCAUCUAGGCGAUUCGAGUGCUGGCGGUUGGAUUCAUAAGUAUGUUGUUGACAUUGGAAUGGGGAGAAACGUGUUUGUGAAUACAGCUUUAGUUGAUAUGUACGUCAAGUGUGGAGAUAUGGAGAAGGCUCUUUCUAUCUUCGACGAGAUGCCCGAAAAGGAUAUUGUUACUUGGGGAGCUAUCAUACAGGGUUAUGCAGCAAACGGUCUUCCGAAAGAGGCUUUAGAAAUUUUCAGUCAAAUGCAGAAACAGAAUCUAAAACCCGAUUGCUACGUUACUGUCGGCGUGCUUUCUGCAUGCGCGAGGCUGGGAGCUUUGGAACUUGGAGAACAAGCAAGCCGAAUGAUGGACAUGAAUGAUUUUCUUUCAAAUCCCGUUAUGGGGACUGCGUUACUCGACAUGUACGCUAAAUGUGGGAAGAUGGCUUUAGCAUGGGAAGUUUUCAAAGCGAUGAAAAAAAAGGAUCUUGUAAUAUUUAAUGCAGUCAUGUCGGGAUUAGCUAUGACCGGUCACGUAAAAGCUGCGUUUAGCUGUUUCGGUUUGGUGCAAAAAUGUGGGUUGAAUCCUGACGGGAAUACGUUUCUUGCUCUGCUUUGUGCGUGUACUCAUGCAGGUCUGGUUAACGAUGGUCGUAGUUAUUUUUACGGUAUGAGUAGCUUUUAUUAUUUACCUCAUACUAUCGAGCAUUACGGAAGCAUGGUUGACCUUCUUGCAAGAGCUGGUUUGUUAGACGAAGCCCAUCGAAUAAUCUCGACUAUGCCGCUGAAGGCUAAUGCAGUAGUUUGGGGGGCUUUAUUGGGUGGGUGUCGUUUGCAUAGAAAUACCCAUUUGGCGGAACAUGUUUUAAAGAAGUUGAUCGAGUUAGAACCGUGGAAUUCCGGAAAUUACGUUCUUUUGUCGAAUAUUUACUCGGCCAAUCAGAAAUGGGAUGACUCGGAGAAUAUUAGGUCGAUUAUGAACCUCAAAGGAAUUACGAAGGUGCGCGGUUAUAGCUGGAUUGAGGUUAAUGGGAUUGUGCACGAGUUUCUUGUGGGAGAUACUUCGCAUCCAAUGAAGGAUAAAAUAUAUUUAAAGCUCGCUGAGCUGGCGAAGGAGUUGAGAGAAGUUGGUUACGUGCCGACGACGGAGUUUGUGCUGUUUGAUAUCGAAGAGGAGGAGAAGGAGCAUUUCUUGGGGUGUCACAGUGAGAAGAUUGCUCUUGCGUUUGGGCUUAUUACUUUGAAAUCGGACGUCGUUAUUCGUAUAGUUAAGAACCUUAGGGUUUGUGGCGAUUGCCAUACGGCGAUUAAGCUUAUUUCGAAGAUAACGGGUAGAGAAAUUAUUGUGAGGGAUACUAACCGUUUCCAUCAUUUCAUUGAUGGAGCAUGCUCGUGUAGAGAUUACUGGUGAGGUGGCGUAUAUUUAUAUAUAUAGUUAGGUUAAUAUUGAAAAUUGACCCGUCACGCUACGAGAUCAAGAAAAUACAAUCAAAACUGCCGUUUCAGAAUCUUCGAUAUUUUUCGAAAUUUGUGUGGAGGUGAUGUAUGUUGGGUACGUGCGUUCAGAAGGGUAAAUUGCAUCCACACCGUUAUGAGAUUAGGUCCAAUUACAGAAGAGGCAAUGGAGGAAUCUUUCGCAACUCCGUGAUUUUUGAAUCCAUUUCAUUUGGCUUCGUCAAAUUUUGAUAGAAACUCGGGAGUGAAGCUUUAUAUGCUACACUGUACAAGGAUAGAUCGAUCUUUACUGUUCAUAUACAUACCAACAAAAAUGUGUGUAUUCUUAUGUAUGAACUAGACAGAUUAAUUAUGUAUCAUGCAUCCUCUAUUCUAUCAAAAUAAUAUAAUUACAUUUAUAAAAUGUAUAAAUAUCUCGUUACAUUGUUAAUUUUUGCCAAAUAUGGUAGAAUCUAAUUUUAUUAGUUAAGAAAUACAUUAACAAAUUCAUACUUUGUUUUCUAAUUCAAUUGAAAAUAACAAAAGUUCCAAAUUUUAUAAGUGGCUACUUGCAAUUUCAACGUUCUUCAUCUGCCGAGGCUGGAAUCCGACCACCGCCUGCUUCUCAUCAAAUUUGGUCAGUUACAGCCUUGUAAAUCUCGUUUUUAUUUUCCAAAGAUGUGGAUGGAUCACCGAGAAUUCGAUUCUCUAGUCUCCAAUAUUUGGCAGUCGGAUGAGGGAGUUAGCAGAAACUCAUUUGAGAGUAAAUUAGCUCGACUCUGUAAGGCACUUAGUAAAUGGAAUUGGGAUUCUUUUCGGCGGAUGGAUGUUAAUAUCUCAAACAUGCAACGUAGAAUUGAGGAGUUGGAGAAUCGUCUCUCCCAUGCAUGGGAUGAGAUCACGUUCACAGAAUGCCAAGC